AUGAGUAGAGUCAGAACACUGUACAUCAUGAACUCUGACCUGAUGAACGUCAUACGAUCACGUAAAUACUUGGAGAAAGAACACCGUCUUGAAAUGAGCACCGGUUAUGCUAACGUCACUGGACAUCUAAGACAAAAGGUAUCUCUAUGGUUUCAAAUUUGUCGAAUCUCUAACACAGCGAUGGAAGUAUUUGCAGAAACGACUGAUAGUGUAUUUGAUGUCACCGAAGAUACGUACUCACCGCUGAAUACGACAGAUUCAAACACAAAGUACAACGCAAUAGAUGGACCUGCCAGCCUUUAUAUCAACAGUCCAGGAUAUGCCUACUGGGUCUGCAACGUGAUUACAGUCGUAAUGGGUCUUGCCGGGAACUCUCUGGUAUCACUUUUAAUGAGAGAUGCCAAAUUUUCUUUGUCUUCAUACUCAGUUUAUUUGAGAUUCUUAGCGGUAUCAGACAGUGUUGUUCUAAUAAGUUUCUGCAUAGUAGAAUCGUUGAGGCUCUUUCAGUCGACUUUUGUCAUAGGAAAUAACGCAGGUGUCUGUACGCUUAUACGGUUCAUACAAUCUGUGGUGACGCUGCUGUCGCCAUGGCUGGUGGUUGGACUGACUCUUGACCGGUUCUACUGUGUUGUGUUCCCAAUGAAAUGUGAUCGAUUCUGCACCAGAAGGAAAGCCAUGAUCGUCUGCUUGUGUCUGUGCGGUGUAUCGGCAGCUAUGUCACUCCCAUUUAUUGAUGGUAUGAUAAUUGUGGAAGAAUCAAAUGCAUGUUUUUAUAAGCAACAUCUUGUGGGCUAUUUCGCUUCUUUGCGUCUCCUGUUCAGUUCUGCUCUCCCGUGUCAUUUGAUUCUCGUCUUCAACAUUAUAAUUGGAAUCCAAAUUCAUCGCAGCGCCACUUUCCGAAAGAGAUUCUCCUCCACAAGAUCUAACCUCACGGAAAACAAGGUUAACAAAUCACUCCGCCCUCUUAUGUUGAUCUCUGCAUUGGCUUUCGUAACACUCCUACCAACGACCAUCUCAGAUAGUAUUUUUGUUAUUGUAUUUGUAACCAGUUUGAAUGUUAAAACUCUAUCGCUCAUCGUCGAACUGUGGCCGCUGUUUAACAUUUUAUACCUGAUCAAUUUUGGACAGAAUUUUUACAUCCUUAUGGCCAGUUCAGCUAACUAUAGGAAAACCAUGAUGACCAAGUUGAAAUGGAAAACACUGUCCAGACGGAAUGAGGGUGUCACUGCCGGGACAGCUUCUGUUGCGGUUUCAGAUCUUAUUACACAAUCGACUACUGGACGGCAUUUAAACAACAUAUCUACGUCGUUUACCUCCCCUGAUAUGAAUUCUGAUGACUCAUCAUGA